AUGGAGGCGUCGCCUCGUGAUGAAGAGCGAGGUGUCAAUCGCCGGCAUCGUGAUGAUCAUCAUCGUCAUCAUCAUUCUCAUCGCCAUCGUGACGAACGACGGGAUGAUGGCCAUCGUCAUCGGGACAGGCACCAUACGACGGCACGCGAUGAAGCAGCGAGGGACUCAAAACAAGAGGAGACUCGGUCAUCCGCACGCAGCAACCAUACCAGCCUCCCAUUCGAAGCACGCCAGCUCUCGCGCAGUGAUCUCACCGCCUUUCGGCCGCUACUAGCGUACUACCUUGAUCUGCAGAAGCAGCUGGAUAUGGUUGAGCUGGAGGAGGCCGAGGUCCGUGGGCGGUGGAAGAGUUUUAUGGGGAAGUGGAAUCGGGGGGAGCUCGCGGAGGGAUGGUAUGAUCCGGAGAUUUUUCAGCGUGCGGCUGCUGAGUAUGAGGGGAUGCCUGCUCCGACGACGGCGACGACCACCACGACUACGACGAAAGCGAGGCCGACUGCGGGGCAACAAAAUGCACAGGGCGGGGGUACUGGUGAUGAGACGGGCGACAAUGACAACGACAACGACGACGACGAAGACGACGACUACGGCCCCUUACUCCCCGGCCAACAAGAACAUCUCCCCCGCGCAUCAUCAUCAACCGCCACAUCCACCCGAGCCCCAGGCCCCUCCAUCCCCACCCACGCCGACCUCGAGCUACACGACGAAGCCCUCGCAGCCGACCGCGCCGACGCCCUCACCACGCACCGUCUCGCCCGCCACGCCCACCGCCAGGAACAGAAAGCCCUCCUCGAGGAAUCCCUCCCACCGCGCGCCGACGCCGGCACGCGUGAGCGACGCCUGGAAAAACGCCGCGAACUCAACGAGAAACUACGCGGGUUCCGUGAUCGCUCGCCGGGGGGUGGUGCGGCGGAGGUGGGGGAUGCGGAGCUUAUGGGGGGUGGUGGUGGUGAAGGAGGUGGAGGAGGAGAAUCGCUGGCGGAUUAUAAGGCUAUGUUAAAGCAGCGGGAGGAGAAGAAGGCUGAGAGGGUGAGUCGACGGGAAGCGGAGGAACGGGCGAGGAGGGCGGAGAGGGAGGAGAGGGUGCGUGGGUAUCGGGAGAGGGAGGAGAAGGUGGUGGAGGCGUUGAGGGAGUUGGCGAGGGCCAGGUUUGGGGUGCCAUAG